GACAAGUGCCCGCUGUACUGACCGCAGACCCUAUGUAUGCCAAUUCACUCCCGGUCACCAGAGUAUGUGUAAGACUGAAGUAGAAAAUCCAGUCGAUCAGGGUGAAACGUGUACUACAAUCGCCAGCUGUCCCGAAGGUUCAGGACGUGUAGAAGGAACCAACAGAUGUGUUAGGUAUUACGAGGAGAAACUAUCAUGGAAGGAUGCAUCAGCUGUGUGCAGACAGAAUGGAGGUCGCCUCGCCAUGAUGAAUAAUAAACCUGACAAUGAUGCUAUCAAAAACAUCACAUCUGGAGGAAAUGGCCAAAUAGUCUGGAUGGGCCUACGGUUUGAUCAUAAGACUGGAGUAUGGUAUUGGCCAAGAUCUCACAAUAAAGCUCUAGGUGCAACAUCAGAUGAACCUGAACCAUAUCAAUCGAAUCUAGAAUCACCCGAAUCAAGUUCAAAGUCAAAAAGUGGCUCAAAAUCCGAAAGUGGUUCUAAAUCCAAAAGUGGGUCAAAAUCAAAAAGUGGCUCAAUAUCUGAUAUUAGUUCAAAAUCACAAAACAGCUUAAAGUCGGGAAGUGGCUCUAAAUCCGAAAG